UACAUACUCACCCAUGCAGACCGGCGUAAAACAGCAAAUGAGCUCCGCAAAUCUGCCAAUCGGGAACGAUCUGUCCUCGAUAAAUACCUUCCCCCGGUUUUGCGAAGCAUGCCUCAGCUUUGAUGAUGAGCUCUCACGCAUCGAGACGCUGCUUGAGAAACCUGAGCCGCAGGCCAAGAGCUCCAGUACCGUAACCCCAACACAAGAGCUCAGCCGCCUGCCUCCUCUGGAAAUCAGCAAACUACGGCACAUCUGGGACCAUGCUGCUGUUUGCCGCUGCUGUCGGAGUCUUCGCAAUUAUGUCUUGAGAAGGCACCUCUCUCUUAUUGCUGGUGAUGGUGGGCGCGACUCGCCGACUGCUCUAGAUGCAUUGUCUAUUAGCGUCGUAUUCCUUCCAUCCUUCCCGGACUUCACAGUGCCACGACUGUUACUCAAGGCUGGCGCAAAUACAAUCACAAAGGAGACGGCCUCCGAGCACGCACCAGAUGUGAAUAGCUUUCAUUCUACCACCCCGUCGUCGAGAGACGGGCUGCUAGUGCGAGAGGCGGGGUUGAGAAUCGACUUUGCGCAGAUCCGUCAAUGGGUUAGCGAGUGCCGCGUCUCCCACGGAGCAGAGUGCUCGCAAACUCAGCUCCCCAAUGACUGGGGUCUUUCUGACUUUAGUACGCAGAAUCUGGACUUCUACCUCAUUGAUGUGCAUCGAAUGUGCCUUGCCACAUCGCCUAUGAGCUCUGCCCCACCGUACGUGGCGCUGAGCUAUCGUUGGGGCGAUCCGCAGCUCUCAACGCAGUGCCGCCAGAGCAAUUUUGCGCUCAUGGCCGCGCCCGGUGGAUUGAUGAGCGAACAUGUCGUUCUGGCGCCUACGAUCCUAGACGCCAUCACCUUUACCAGAGAGGUGGGAUUCCGGUACCUUUGGGUGGAUGCGCUAUGCAUUGUCCAGGAUGACUAUGAACGGAAGCCAAUGUAUUUACAACUAAUGGGUACCGUGUAUGCAGAUGCGGUGCUUGUACUAGUAAUACUUGAGGGAAAUGCAGAUACAGGCAUCUCAGGAAUCGGGCAUGAUCGCCAAGUCCAGGAUAGUAUCGACCUUCCCACACGCAGCCUGAUUAAGAGCACUCCCCGCAUCUGCGGGAACGAAACAUUCAGUGGCAAGACUUGGGCUACGCGCGGCUGGACGUUUCAGGAAGGACUGUUUGCCAGCAAAAUCCUAAGCAUCCAUGAUUUUGCUUCAUGGCAUUGCCCAUGUGCGAAUUGGCUAGAGGAGGUAUUUCGACUACCGCAAGUCAAACCCAAAACAGACAACCAAAUAACAUCAACACGCGCUCAGACACAUCAGGCAGGGUCUUCCACAUUUCUCGACUUUCCCCGCGUCCCGCAAUAUAUGUCUCUGGCAGCGUACGCCGGCCUUGUCCGAUCGUACAACACUCGCUCGCUAACCAUGGACGAUGACGCUCUGAAUGCAAUAGCCGGUGUAACAGGCCGUCUGCACACUCUUUUCCCUUGUGGCUUCUUGCAAGGCGUUCCUGAAUUCUUUUUCGACGUGGCGCUUCUCUGGCAACCACGGUCUCCACUACGGCGUAGAGUGUGUGCACCUGAUGCGCCUCCGCUCUCGUCGUGGUCGUGGGCGGGUUGGCAUGGCGAUUUAGAUCUCAGCGCGUGGUCGGACAGUCAUCUUGUCUACAACGAGCCAUUAGUGGUACGUAACAACCGGAUUGUAGACUGGCAGAAGCUCAACUGCGUGAAGACCGAUGAUGGACAAGUGAAGCAAGAAUGGAAGUCCAUCCAGUUCACAUUUCACGCCCCCCGCGGACGGUUUGAGAAUUCAUCUGUCGUAGAGAUGCCGUGGGCAUGGCACGCUCACCCCAGCGAAGAAGCAAACGAAAAUACUUCGUAUUUCACAUAUGAUCCAGACGACCGAGAGAACCACAUGGCAGGGAUCAAAUUCCGCUUCCCGUUCCCACCGUUUGAGCGAUAUAGGAAUGUCGACCACGAUACUUCGUAUUCGCAUUUGUUGAAGGGAAAAGUGCAAGUCGCAUCUUUUAUAUUGGAUACACAAUCAGUGCUCAACGCUGCAUCCCCGCACGAUAGAGUAGUGGAGGAUGUGUAUCUCAUGAACGAAUCAGGUAACCGGGUAGGUUAUCUCCGACUGAACCUUUACGACGAGCAGCGGCCAGCGCAUGGUACGCAAUGCGAGCUUGUAGCGAUUUCAGAAGGUGUGGCGGAUGUUCGGCUCCAGUCAUAUGCAACUGACCAAGCUACCUUAACACCUCAAUUACGUGCGCUGAAUGAGAACACCGCAUUUGAUUAUUAUGAAUUUUUACACGUACUGUGGAUUGAGUGGAAGGGAGAUAUCGCGUAUCGACGCGCUUUGGGGCAAGUCGAGAAGCUGUUUUGGGAGAGAGAUUGUGCGGGGGAGAUUGAAAUCAUUUUAGGUUGAUAUUGAUAGUGUAUGUUGAGGGUCAGGUUCAGCUGUCAUGAGUCUUUACUGUAAUGACGCUUAAACUAAUUGCGAAGGCUGGUGUUAUUCUCCUGGUUUUCUAAUUAUAGGAUCGUAACAUUUUACGUCGAAAGCGAGUAGGUUCAAGAUAGAAUGGCUUCUUCACGCAUGAGAACGGGAUAUCCAACCAGCAGGCGUUAGAACAGAUACCAUAUUUUGACCUAAAUUCGCAUUUAUUAUACCAGACUCAGAACUCUCAAG